CGAAAGUUUGCAGUUCUAGUAAGAAUAUCCAAAUAUUUUAAUAAAUUUUAAAGCUAGGCAAUUGCAAUGAUAAAUUUAAGCAAACAAUAACAACCGAAGUGUACUGCAAUGGAAGCGACGGAAGACCAGCUAAUACUGGCCACAGGCGGCUACGACCAUACCAUCAAAGUGUGGCAGGCGCACACCGGCAACUGCAUUAAAACCAUGCGCUUUGUAGAGACAUCGCAAGUUAAUGCGCUAGACCGUACGCCAGAUAAGACGCGCCUGGCCGCGUGUGGCUAUCAGUGUAUACGUUUAUAUGACUUGGAAUCCAAUUGCACGGCGCCGGUCAUAAAUUUUGAUGGUGUACAAAAGAAUGUCACACGGCUGGGUUUUCAGGAGGAUGGCAACUGGAUGUUCACUGCUGGCGAGGAUCAUCGUGUACGCAUCUGGGACAUGAUGUCAGCGCCGCCUCACUGUUCCCGGGUGUUCGAUUGCCAGGCGCCCGUGAAUGCCGCCUGUCUGCAUCCGAAUCAAGUGGAAAUUGCAAUGGGCUCACAGAAUGGCGGCGUCUAUCUGUGGGAUGUGAAGUCAGAGGUGCAUGAGCAGCUGGUGCCCGAGGUGGAUGCCUCAAUACAGGACGUGGCCAUUUCGCCAAAUGGCCAUUAUAUGGCCGCGGCCAACAACAAGGGCAACUGCUACAUCUGGGAGCUGAGAAGCAGUCCCGGCCAGAAUUUGAGCACAAUGAGUCCAAAAAAGAAAAUCCAAGCACACAGCCGUUCCAUACUUCGCUGCAAGUUCAGUCCCGACUCAAGUCUCCUGGUCACAACAUCGGGCGAUGGCACCGCCUGCAUUUGGCAGACAGAUAAUUUCAGCAAGUUGCACGAGCUCUCUAUUAAAAACUUUUGGAUCUGGGAUGCUGCAUUCAGCGCCGAUUCCAAAUGGCUAUUCACAGCCUCCUCCGAUGGCAUUGCUCGGCUAUGGAAGCUACAAACGAAGAACUGCGUGCGCGACUACACGGGCCACACCAAGGCAAUUACGGCUCUGUCCUUCAAGGACGAAAUUGUGGCCGACUAACUUAUAAGCAUAGCGUUAGUUCUAGCUGUAAACAAAUAGACAAAUAGGUAUACAAAGCAGCCACUCGCAUUGUCCGCGCUGGGACGGAUGCUUGGAUAAUAUGGAAUAGGAACAGCAAAGAACCGAUUCUGAAUGGUUUCAGAAUGCGAUAUGAAAGAUGAUGCUUGAGCGUGAAUCUUUUUGGAGGCAGCCGGGUCCGAGGCGACAUUUGAAAGGACAAAGGACAACAAACAAAAA